AUGACCUCCAGCUACGCGCACGUGAUGAACCGCCUGGAGAGUCCGAUCUCCUCCAACCUGGACACGCUGCAGGCCAAGAAGAACUUCUCCGUCAGCCACCUGCUGGACCUGGAGGAGGCCGGGGGGGAGAUGGUGGGCGGCCAGGCCGAGGAGGGCGAGGGGGGGGCGGGCCGGAGCCUGCUGGAGUCCCCGGGGCUGACGAGCGGCAGCGACACCACCCAGCAGGAGAAUGAACAGAUGAACACGGAGGAGAAGAAGAAGAGGAAGCAGCGCAGGAACAGGACCACCUUCAACAGCAGCCAGCUGCAGGCGCUGGAGCGAGUGUUCGAGAGGACGCACUACCCGGACGCCUUCGUCCGGGAGGACCUGGCCCGCCGGGUCAACCUCACCGAGGCCCGAGUCCAGGUCUGGUUCCAGAACAGAAGAGCUAAGUUCCGUAGGAAUGAGCGUGCGAUGCUGGCCAGCAAGAACGCCUCGCUGCUCAAGUCGUACUCCGGGGACGUGACGGCGGUGGAGCAGCCCAUCGUACCGCGGCCGGCGCCACGCCCCAACGACUACCUGUCCUGGGGCAGCGCCGCCCCCUACAGCACCAUGGCCACCUACCCGCCCACCUGCUCCAACACCAACACGUCCCAGGGAAUGAACAUGGCCAACAGCAUCGCCAACCUGCGGCUCAAAGCCAAGGAAUACAGCUUGAACCAGGUGCCCACGGUCAACUGA